AUGCGCCCGUUACUCCUCUUAGUACGACUACUAGCUCCGCUGUCCCGGUCGGCGCCCUCGCAGUCAUCGAAUGGUGCAUCUUCGAUGGCCAUACACAAAGACGUCGUGGGCAUGUACAACGGCGCUGGCUAUGGCAGCGUCAGCACCAAAUACGGUAUAUCGUAUCAGGUGAGGAGGUGGGGCCCAGUGUGGUAUCAAGAGCAAGGCGCUAUCAGACCAUGGGAACUCUACACGAAGAUUGAGAAGGAAGACUUCAUCAAAAGAGGAUUAAGCGGCGAAGACUUCAAGUUUGUGCAUCCGCGAAAUCUGGAUGUAGCGAAUGGAGCUGUACACGUACGAGGACAGCCGCGAGGACAGAAAGAAAAGCGACGGGAAGCAGCAAGACGGAGGUCUCAGGGCAAGGUCGCGAAGCAACCGGGUGACGACAGAAGAGCUCCACAACAUCCAAGCAUCGCAGAAGACACACGACAGCAAGCCGCUACAUCAAUUCAACCGAAAGAGUCUGCAAGUGUGAUCAUGUCAUCCACAGAUAACCCUACAGAAGAGGUUGACGCCUCAGCGCGGAUGUCAACCACAGCACGGAAGCGUCGGUUGAAUGAGCCAUAUGUCGCCGCGGACGCCCCACUGCUACCUACAAAUACCGCUUCCAACACGGAUGAGCCCAGCGGGCCUAAUGACAACGAGGACGCAAACUCUCCGCCCAAGAAAAAGCGCAAAACGAAGUCGAACUCACUGGGUGCGCACGCCAAAGUUGCUGCGAAAGAAAUACCUAGCGAUGAAGAGAUCAAAGCCUUCAUAGAGGGCCUGGCAGCUAUCGAAGACUGGACUUCUCAGGUAGUUGACACCAAGUAUAUACAACUGGUGCAAUGGUACGACGUCGAAGGCAUCUCGAUGAAACAGUGCGGCACCAAAUGGGUAGAAGAAGGAUAUGCAGAAGGACGCGCAGAUCCGAAAAAGCAGAAGACUGAGGUUACUGAAUCAGGGAUGUGGAAGCACUACAGCAGCCACGGGAGGAAGUUCCUCGAGGAGAAAGGUCUCGUGUGGGUAUCUCCAUCGGCGCGGAAGGCUUACAAGAAAAGAGUUGGCGUCGUCGAGCAGUCCAGAAAGACAAUCCCAGAAAAGACAGUUCCACACAAGACGGUUUCACCCAAGACAGUCUCAGAUCGGACGGAGCGCAUACCAUCACCUGGUAUAGAAGAGGAGGAGCCGCUGACGAUUGCUAGCUAUACCAACGUGCUUGAGAGCAGUGAACACAUGGCCGACGAACCAGUGCCCCGUAUUCAGCGAUACACCACACCACAGCCGCAAGAGGAGACCACACGAGGUCUUACUGAGGCUGCGAUGCCUAAGCCAGAAGACUAUCGAGUGGGACUGCAUCGUGGAGAAGACGCGGAGUUGAUGUUCCUUCUCUCGAGGAAAGCGAAGGCAGAGUCGAGACCAAGCGACCUCAUUUGUGACUUUGAGAAAAAAGGGAAGAGCCCUGCCGCCGCGCAAUCAAGAGAGGUAACGAGCGAUCCAGAGGCUGAGGCUGCAGAGGUCGUACGCUACAAGAACAAUCGAGACACCGAAGAUGUUCUGAGCUUCAAGCGAAAGACCGGUGACGUGCGCCGCGGACAUCCCACUCGACCUGUUCUGAGCCGAAAGCAAGCCAUCGAGCACUGCACCUUUAUAAAGGACGCCAUCAAAAACGAUCCGACAGUCGAUACGAUCGAGUACGGAGAAGACAUAGAUGCCGAUACUAUCGCCCGCUUCGUCGCGUGCAUCUCGCCCGACAUCCGAGCGGCCCUGCCCACUCACGAUGUUGUCGAAUUGAUCAACGCGGGUCACGCGGACACACGGACUACGGAGAUCCAGUGGUCCAUGCGAGAACUUGAAGACUUAUACGUUUUCGCCCACACGAUGGGCGCACUUGCGGUGUGCGAUAUGAUCAUCGAUAGAGUAUAUGAGGAGCUGCAUCGUCCCCAGCAGCGCCUGAUUCGCACCAUCGAUGGUACGAUGGAGAAAUUCGGAUUCCUCCGCAUGAGCCCAGCGUUCAUGAAUCUCUUAUCGGAGAAUGACACGCGAGCUUUCAAUUUCUUUGUCGGUGCUUUGGCCAUGAAGGCCGAAGAUACCCUGGAAUUGCUGAAAAUAUCCGGGCUCGAUCAUUGGUACCAUGAAUCUAAGCAGGCGUUGAUGACGAAACUGGAAAUAGAAUGGGCAUCAGGAGCGAGCAUAAGCGAGUCGGCAGCGAUAUGUUCGACAUACCAUCACCAUUGGAGCCCAGCGACAGGAUGUUACAAGUCUGUAUUGUCCACGGCGCCCUUGGUAUCGAAAUCCAACGCUGCGAAGCAAUCGGCGCCCACGUCCCGUACGUUCCAGAAGCGACCCGAGCCCUACCAGCGCAAAGAUCGUAAGAAGGAGGAAAAGGAGGAGGCCUGGGCUAAGAAGGUGGCAUUCCAGAAGAUCGAUCGUGAGGCCAAUAAAGCGCAUGGGCGUGGACUGACGCAAUGGGAAGCCGAGCAGGCCAGGCUUCAGAAGGUUCAGCAAGAGCUCCACGACGAAGACGAAGAGUACAAUGGUUCCUCCGACUCCUCACACUCGUCAGACGACGAAGACGUCAAUGUGAUCGUUGUGCAACUUCCUCGGGUAUACAGCAGAGCUCGCGAUCUCUUCCGAAACAGCCCUGGAUCAUAUGCUGAACCAUCCGAAUACACUUGGAUUGCGUCCGAUCUGACGCAUGCGAGACUCGCUGCCCGAGGCGGAGGUGGGCUGAACUAUUCCGGCGAGGGUAUGAAUCUUUCCAAGGACACCGCGGAGAUUCAGCGGAAGAAGGUAGCGAUCGUGGAGGGCCAGCUGCAGAUGUUUCGCGAUAGCGGUUACGACCCUGACAAUCUGCAGGGCUCAGGCCGAUUGCACGCCAUGUCUCAGAGGGCGAGUGAAGACGGGGAGAUGAUCGAUGGAGACGAGAGCGACGACGAAGACUAG